AUGACCCCCAUCACUCCUUCCACGACCCAGGCGAGUCACGACAGCGUGGACGCUACUCCUCGGUAUCCGCUGGUCGACACCGCGGCGGCAGAUGACAGCUACGAUGUGGGCCAGGACCAGGACCAGGAAGAUGAAAGGACCCUGGAGGAGCUGUUACCAAAUCUCAGGGGCACACACGACGCUCAAAGCGUUGUUCUUGCUAAGCUUGAGCGCAUGUCAGCUCUGCAGCAACAGCUUCUGAGUAAAAGAAGAAUCCUUACGCCUCUGUUCUCACAACGACCUCCUCCGGGUGUAGCCUUGCGUUCGGACACCCUCCAUGAGCUCCUAGACGUUGCGCGAAAGGUUUCCAACAUGCAUGUCUGGCUCAUGAUGGCCGCCGAACGAUUUUCCUGGCGCAACCGAAUCAUGCACAGCAUGACCGACGACACAUCUUGCAUGAUGCUGGUACUGCCGGCUAUGUUCGUUCUCGAUGUCUUCAUCGAAACCCUACGAUUGGUCUUUCCCUUACCCGACGAGCCUUCAAAUGCACAACUUGCAACGCAGCAAAUGACUGCCGAGGAUGCGCAAGGCAUGGGGCUGCCGGAUCCCAGUCUGAUCAUCUACGUGUCGUCUUUGGCCUCCGACACAGCACUCGUCGACGACCUGAUGAGCAGUCGAUCGGAAGAUGAAUGCCGUAACCCUGUCUCCGAGUUUGUCCUCGUCAACAUGGUUAAGGAACAACACGACAAGCAACGUCACGCGUGCGAUGCCGUCAGCGCGACACUUCCCCGCAAACAUUCUGCACCUGGGGCUCAGGAGUUGAUGGCGGUGCUUCUGGCACAGUACUCUGCCAAGCUGGAUCUUGUUCGAGGCGAGGUUUCCAGAGUUGAGACCAUCGGAGAAGAUACCCCAAUGCAUCACUCGGCGGUCGGGACAGUGUCAAGUAAAUCCUGA